CUGGCCAACCAUCACAUCGCCUCUCUGGAGUGCCUGGUUAACUUUGCGCGCGCAUCCAAGGCCUUUUGGGAUAGCAUCAGAGACUCGCGCACGCAGCAGGACGUCUUUCAUCAGUUCCAAGACCUGCUUCGGCCCGCGUUUCUUGCCGCGAUGACUCCUGAACAUGCGCACAAAAUCAGGUUUUAUCUGGCCAGCCUGGCAGUCUCGCUUGCUUUUUCAACAGAUAGCCAGACCUGGGCGAUCGACGGGGGCCUUCUGAAAUUGCUCGCAGCAAUCUUCCAACAAUCACCUCUUGUCGAAUAUUCCAAGGGGUCGCAGCGGGGUCAUUCCGCGGCGUUCCGGUGCAACCAGGUCUUAAGUCGCUUGUCUACCUUCGAGCCGACGGCGCAAAAGCUACGUGCGCACAACGCGCUCGAAGGGUUCCGGCCCCACAAGCGCAAAAUCAACAGCGCGGAACCGGAAGUGCACCCCUGGUCGCAAUUUGUGAAGCUAUUGAAAAGUGCUCACGUGACGGCAGGACUGGUUUUCGAUGACGAGGCGUUCGAAAAUUACAAAAAGAUGGAAGAGGCUCUGAAUGGGAGGUUCUUCGUCCCCAUUGUGUGCUCGUGGAAGCAGUGCGCGGCCGGCCGCGAGCCCGUCGUUGAGAAGGGUUUCAGGAAGUGCGGACGCUGCCACGUGGCACGCUAUUGCAGCAAGGAGCACCAGAAGCUCCAUUGGGCGAACCACAAACUCCAUUGUAAGGCGGAACCCGCAUCGGAAGAGAGCAUGUAG